CCGAGUUCCUGAGCUUCUCCUGUCUUCCUUCCUGUUCUGUAAAACACAGACGUGGAGUUUAAUCUACAGAAAACGCGGACAUGAGUUCCACUAACAUGAGGAGACUGCUGGUGUGUGUUGUGUGUGAGGUGUGUGUGUUAGUGCAGUGUGCACUAACGGAGGAAACGGACGGGAGAAGGGAGCAGGAGUGUUAUAACUACGCAGGAGGACACGUUUAUCCCGGAGAGGCGUUUAGAGUCCCGGUGUCUGACCACUCACUGCACCUGAGCAAGGCCAAGAUCUCUAAACCUGCUCCAAGCUGGGAGGGAACCGCCGUCAUCAACGGGGAGUUUAAAGAACUGAAGCUGUCAGACUACAGGGGCAAAUACCUGGUGUUCUUCUUCUACCCUCUUGACUUCACGUUCGUCUGUCCCACUGAGAUCAUCGCCUUCAGUGACCGUGUCCAUGAGUUUCACACCAUUAACGCUGAUGUUGUGGCCUGUUCCGUCGACUCUCAGUUCACACACCUGGCCUGGAUUAACACACCCAGGAAACAGGGAGGACUCGGACCCUUGAAGAUCCCCUUGCUGUCUGAUCUAACACACCAGAUCGCCAAAGACUACGGAGUCUAUCUGGAGGACCAGGGGCACACACUCAGAGGUUUGUUCAUCAUUGAUGAUAAAGGUACACUGCGUCAGAUCACCAUGAAUGAUUUGCCUGUGGGACGCUCAGUAGAUGAAACACUCCGUCUGGUGCAGGCCUUCCAGUACACUGAUAAACACGGAGAAGUUUGUCCAGCUGGCUGGAAACCUGGCAGUGAUACGAUUAUUCCUGAUCCCUCAGGCAAGCUGAAGUACUUUGACAAACUGAAUUAACUUCCUGACGUGUGAGAGUUCACAAAAAUAAACUGAAUGCUUGGUGGA